AUGUCCUUCGCAUCCCCCAUUAAAGCAGCCCUUGGCAAAGCAGCGUUCGUUACUGGUGCAGGUCAGGGCAUCGGUCGCGCAAUAGCAACCAGGCUAGCAAGAGACGGAUUCGACAUCGCCAUCGGCGAUAUUCCUCCGGCGGACCCUAAAGUAAAGGACGUCAUCAAGGAGAUAGAGGGGUAUGGUCGGAAGGCUAUUGGUGUCCACGUCGCAUCCUCGAACCAUAUUUUCUUUGUGCUUAUUCUGCGCACCUUUGCAGACGUGAAGCAGCCAGAUCAGAUUGCAGCCGGCAUCCAGGAAACCGUGUCCAAGCUCGGUCCACUCUUUGUUAGUGUCGCCAACGCUGGCGUCACCCAGGUCAAACCACUCCUAGAAUGCACUCCCGAAUGGAUACGUAACGAAGUGGACAUCAACCUUCACGGUCUCAUGAACACACAUAUCGCCGCCGCACGACAGAUGGUGAAGCAAGGCGAAGGAGGACGCAUCCUGGGCGCCGGCUCGAUCGCUUCGUACCGCACCGCGGAAAACCUCGGCCCUUACGGCGCCACCAAAUUCGCAGUGCGCGGCUUCACCGAAGUCGCGGCGAAGGAGUGGGCGCAGUACGGCAUCCGCGUCAACGCUUACGGUCCCGGUAUCGUCGACACCCCUAUGUGGGAUCACAUCGAUGCCGAGCUCGCCCGCAUCGAAGGGCUCACGGUCGGCGAGGCCAAGGCGCUUCGCGUCAAGCGCGACAUCAAGCUGGGGCGGAUACAGGAACCCGAGGACGUCGCCAAGCUCGUUUCGUUCCUCGUCUCCGAUGAGGGCGAGUACAUCACCGGCCAGACGAUCUGCAGUUGCGGAGGCGCGUCACUCUAA